GUCCUCCACCACAGACCAUCCCGACUGCCAUUGGACACCAUGCCGCACAAACGGGCAAAGUUCUCGGUGAGGAUGGCCGACCGUGCCUCCAAGGGCAAGGACCUGGCGCCGACGACGUCCAAUCGGCUCGAGAUUGCGACGAUGCCAAAGGGCGCCAUGCGCAUUCUGCAGGCCGAGCAGGUCCAGAAGGCCUAUCACGAGAGACGGAAGCAGCAGGAGGAAGAGAAAUUGCGGGCAAAGGGAAACGUAAAGGGCAAGGGCAAGGAGGCUGACGGAGCGGGGGUGGAGAAGGAAGAGCUUAGGAUGAGGCCGGGCGAGAGGGCGAGGGACUUCAACAGACGAGUCGAGGAUGCAUACGCGGGCGAAAUCAGCCAGACGAUCAAGGCUACGUCUUCCAGCACGAGCAAGAAGCGCGAUAAUAAAAAGAAGCGCAGUCAGCCUGAUGCUGAGGACGACGAUGACGACGAUGCGGACGAGAGGUUCCGCAAGCGCAGAGCUGCUAAUGACGGAAAAGAUCGGGGGCCUUCUAAAGCAGACCUCAAGAAGGAGCGAGAGGCGCUCGAGUUUGAGAAGGCAAGCCAGAGGAGGAGCGUCAACGACGUCGUCCAGGCCCCGCCCACGCUUACCAAGGCGCCCCGUGGAGAGGGCGCGGCAGCAAAGAAGCGCAAGGCUGAGCUGCGCGCGCUCUUGUCUGGAGGCGAAGUACAGCAAGAGAAACAAAAAGCGAGGCUCCCGGAGCCAAUUCACAAGGCUGCAGGUGGGGGACUCAAGCGGCAAAAGGACCUCGUCGACGAGAGAGAUCGCGCCAUCAAGGCCUAUCGUUCUCAAAAGCAGAGGCAGCAACAGCAGUAACAGUAGUAAUCGUAUCAACAUAAUGAGUCAUGUAAUUGCAAUGAAAGGGUGGGAAAUGUCCCGCAGCACUUCGGCU